CCUUGAAAGAAGAUGAACAGUGCACGGAGUCCUAGCAAAUUCUGCACUCAACCCACUCACACACCUACCCGAGACCCCAGGGCCCUUCACUGCAGCUGGCUCGAUUUCUGACAUUUCCAAUGUAUCAACAGUUCCCCGCUGCAUCAUCCAACGAUUAUGGCCAAAUGAUAAUGUCUGCGCCUGCUGCAGGCCCCAGCACCGUAGCACCACAUGCAACUACUACCGCUCCACAACCAGUCACACCAAAACCGCAGCCGCUUGUGGCGACUGGUAAUUGGACGACUGAGCUCGUCCAGCUUGCUAAGACAGCUGAACUCAAAAAACAUUCCCUGACACUGCAACUCCAUACCGCUAAUAUAGUUGCUGCCCAUAAUACCCUCGAACAAAAGGAUAAGACAAUUCAGGAUAUCAAAGAGCAAAAAAACCGAUUGGACAGCGAACGUGCACGGUUACUUAACGCACUAGCAGAGAUCAAUGCAGACCGUGACAAGGUGGAUCUCCUCGAAGCCUCUAUCACACGAGAGUGUGCGGAUCUGAGGCAACAAAUCCAAAACCUCCAAGAAGGUGAAUAUGCUAUCGCAAAAGCGGACGUUGAUCGCUUGCGGGCCGAGCUCGGUCAGCCUCCGCUCCCCCCACUCCAAACUAAGCUUGAUGAGAAGACAUCUCAGUAUUUGCGUGAUCGUCGGGUGAAUGGGGAAAAACGCACUGUGAGCGACAGUCAACCAGAUCAGCCUAGUACUACGAAACGCCCACGAGGUCGACCCAAGGGCAGCAAAAACCGUGGUGGCAAAGCAGGUGGCAACGCACCUAGCGGAAGUGCGAGUACUAGCGGCAGUGCAGUAGCUGGUGGCGCUACGUGAUUGACCAGUGACAUGUGACAAUGUAGGCGAUCUGGUAUGUGAUGGCUUGGCGGGCGUGAAUGAAGGACAAUCAUUUUGCGGGCCACAUACCUAUGAGUUAGUUUUGAGUUUUAUUGAUAGCAGGCUUGAGGCCUGAGGCUUGGGCUCGAUGCAGGGACAGCUAGGGACGGACGUUGUGGGUUCUAUAUGGAUACCUGUAGAUACAAGCUGUACUUGCAUCACAUACAUCACGAAUUACUUUAUCGAACUUCGUAACUGAUCGAUGAUCUGCUCCCCUGUGAUGCUGUG